UUAUUUGAAUCGCGCAUUGCCGCGAAAAAUUCGUAAUGGUUUUGUCGGUUUUUACUCGCAGUUUAAUCGCGCGGUACUAACGUGGUACAUCUGGUAACGAAACAUUGCUUAUUUGUUAGUGUAAUGCUAUUACGAACAUACAGCUGGGAAAUGAAUUGCCGAUUUAAGUCGCUUGCUCGCAAUUUUGGAAUUUUAAAGCAUCAACCAGUUUUUGGAUUUGAACAUCCUGCUCUGAAAUUGCCUAUAACACAACUUGUCAGAUAUAAAUCUGAAACACCAAUGAAUACAAUUAUAUUAUUUGUUCCACAGCAAGAGGCAUGGAUCGUUGAAAGGAUGGGAAAAUUUCAUAAAGUUCUAGAACCAGGAUUUAAUGUCCUUAUGCCAUUAAUCGAUGAAAUCAGAUACGUUCAAAGUCUGAAAGAAUUGGCAAUAGAGAUACCUCAACAAAGUGCAGUUACUUCGGAUAACGUGACGUUAAAUAUCGAUGGCGUUUUAUAUUUAAGAGUAAACGAUCCAUAUUUAGCUUCCUACGGUGUCGAAGAUCCUGAAUUUGCUGUAGUUCAAUUAGCUCAAACAACAAUGAGGUCAGAGUUGGGAAAAAUAGCUCUGGACAAAGUAUUUAGAGAGAGAGAAGGUCUUAAUGUUUCUAUUGUUGAAAGUAUAAAUAAAGCAAGCGAAGCUUGGGGUAUAACGUGUCUUAGAUAUGAAAUACGUGAUAUAAGAUUACCACCAAGAGUGCAAGAAGCAAUGCAAAUGCAGGUAGAAGCGGAACGUAAAAAACGAGCUGCAGUGUUGGAAUCAGAGGGUACCAGGGAAGCAGAAAUAAAUAUUGCCGAGGGAAAACGAUUGGCACAAAUUUUAGCAUCAGAGGCUGCAAAACAAGAGGAAAUAAAUAAAGCAAAUGGUAAAGCAUCCGCUAUAAUAGCCAUUGCGGAAGCACGUGCAAAAAGUUUGAAACUUGUAGGAAAUGCUCUUAGCUUAACAGAUGCAAAAAAUGCAGCUGCAUAUAGUAUAGCAGAACAGUAUGUUAAGGCAUUUAACGAGCUAGCAAAAGUUAACAAUACUUUGAUCUUGCCCAGUAAUGUAUCUGAUGUGUCUUCCCAAGUAGCCCAAGCAAUGACUAUUUAUAAACAAGUCCUGUCCCGGCCCAGUUUAGACAAUGGUAGAAAAGGAACUAGAGACGCUUCGUACGAUGUUCACGAUGCAGACGAGUCUUUUGAAUACUUUAGCGAUAAGGAGGAAGCGGAAAAACAUAGAGAAAGCAAAAGGAAACGAAAUCCUGAAAUGCUGUAAAAUAGUUAUCCACAAUAUAAAUAUAUAUUUUGACUUUUCGUUA